AUGAGACCUAAAGCGAAGCGACUGAUCAACGGCGGUGGCCAUGGAAGAGCCUCCAAGGGCGCCAACACUUCGGCCUGUAAUGUCGAGAAAGACUUUGAAGAGGACUUUCACGAAGAUGUAGGCCAUCAGAUCAUUGAUGACAUUUACAUGCCACCACCUCCCAAGCAUCCAAACCUGACCGGCAACCAGUUAGGAGAACGACUGAUCAUUGUCGAUAUUGAAAUUACCAACUUCAAAUCGUAUGGCGGGACGGUGGUUCUGGGACCUUUCCACAAGGCUUUCAAUUCAAUCGUCGGUCCCAAUGGCAGUGGCAAGUCGAAUGUCAUCGACUCGAUGUUGUUUGUUUUCGGAUACAGAGCUUCAAAGAUCCGCUCCGCCAAAAUCUCCAACAUUAUUCACUACUCUGACACAAUGCCAAACUGCACCUAUGCCAAGGUGCAGGUUAACUUUGCCAUGCUCAACGACAAGGGCGGCCUUGACCACGAAAUCAUUCCCAACUCCAAUUUCUCCAUCUCUCGAGUUGUCGAGAAGAACAACAAUUCCUACUAUAUGAUCGACGGUUCUCGUGUCGGCUUCCGCGAUGUCUCAAAGAAACUGGAAGAGUUUGCCAUUGACUUGCGCUACAACCGUUUUCUCAUUCUCCAAGGCGAAGUGGAGCAAAUUUCACUCAUGAAACCAAAGGGCGAAAAUGAAGGCGACACGGGCAUGUUGGAGUUUCUCGAGGACAUCAUUGGCACCAGUCGCUACAAACUGCCAAUCAAGCAGCUGAAUGACAAGUACUACGCUUUGAAUGAGGAGCGCACAGUGUACGUGAAUCGUGUCAACCUCUGUCAGAAGGAGCUCAAAACCGUUUCUGAACUAAAAGACGAAGCGGUGAAGGCGCUUGAGAUGCAGAACAAAAUUUUCAUUGAAAAGUCCAAAAUAUACCAGCUCCACAUUCACGAGGAGUCUUGCCUACUGGAGGCUGAUGAGGCCGAGUUUGCCCAGGAGCAGGCAAAGUUGGACUGCCUCGACGAACGUCUUAAAGAGGCUAAUAAGCAGUGUGAAGAACUCGAGGCCCAGGAGAAGGAAAAGGCAGGCGAGUGGUUAAAGAUGAAGGAAGAUCGGGAUAAGCUGAAGGCGACGUGGGAGGAAUGCAAUCAGAAGGACUACUACCUCCAUAAAAAGGGAAAGGCCACCAAGAAGGACAUAAAAAAGUUGUCCACGCAGAUUGAAGCGGACGAGGCCAAGCUGGAGGAGUUGAAAAGGGCGGCGGAGGAGAACAACGAUGACACGGAGACGAAUCGUCUGGAGGCGGAACGCGCCAAGCUGGAGAAGGAACAGGAGAAGAUCGACGAGCAGCUGAAAGAGGGGACGCAGGCGGCGCAGGAGGAGUGCGCCGACCUCAUCACCGAACGCGAUGCCCUCGACGGGAAGCUGACGCAGUUCAAGGAGGAGACGAGUGGAAAGAAGAAGGCCCGAGACGAGGCGGAGAACAAUCUGAUGGUGCUCACCGUCCAGCGCGACAAGGCGAAGACCAAGGUGACCGGACUGGAGACGAAGCUGAAGCACCUGAACGACGAGACGGAGGAAAAGCGGGCCAAGGUGGCCAGGUUUGAGGAGGAGCUGCCCAGGCAGAGGGCACGUAUUGCGGAGAAGACGGCGGUCGUCGGCGAGCUGGAGCGCGAGCACCAGCAGCUGGAGACGCAGCUGAGGACGAAGCGCGGCGAGCUGCAGACGCUGGUCAGCGAGAAGGACAGCGCAGUGUCGGGCGACAAGGUGCACAAGGCGCUGAUGGAGGAGAUGCGACAGGGCCGCCUGCAGGGCAUCUUCGGCAAGCUGGGCGCUCUGGGCGCCAUUGACGAGAAGUACGACGUAGCGGCGUCCACCGCCUCCGGCCGCCUGCGCAACUACGUGGUUGACACGAGCGAGAACGCCAAGGCGGCGAAUCGUUUCCUGAAGGAGUUCAACCGAAACCGCACCAACACGGCGGUCGUCGGCGAGCUGGAGCGCGAGCACCAGCAGCUGGAGACGCAGCUGAGGACGAAGCGCGGCGAGCUGCAGACGCUGGUCAGCGAGAAGGACAGCGCAGUGUCGGGCGACAAGGUGCACAAGGCGCUGAUGGAGGAGAUGCGACAGGGCCGCCUGCAGGGCAUCUUCGGCAAGCUGGGCGCUCUGGGCGCCAUUGACGAGAAGUACGACGUAGCGGCGUCCACCGCCUCCGGCCGCCUGCGCAACUACGUGGUGGACACGAGCGAGAACGCCAAGGCGGCGAAUCGUUUCCUGAAGGAGUUCAACCGAAACCGCGCCAACGCCGGCUCUGUCACCUUCAUCAUUCUCGACAAGCUGGGCGACUGGACGCGAAACUACCGCAGCACGCGCCAGUACCCGGAGGGAGUGCCGCGCAUCUUCGACCUGAUUCGCGUCAACGACCAGCGCUUCCUGCCCGCCUUCUACUUUGCCUUCCGCGACACGCUGGUGGCGGACGACCUGGAGCAGGCCUCUCGAAUUGGCCACAGUGCCGAACGGCAUCGGGUGAUCUCACUGAAGGGCGAACUCAUUGAAACCGACGGAUCAAUCUCCGGCGGUGGGCGGCCGUGCUCCGGUGCGAUCGGCACCACCGUUCAGCAGGAGACGGCCUUCGACCAGCAGCGCAUCAAUGACCUGGAGGCGGAGAUGGAGGAGCUCAGUCAGCUGAAGGGCCAACUGGAGCCGAAGAUCGACACUGCCCGACGAGAGCUGAACCAGCUGAAGAAUGACCUGAAGGUGAUUGAGGACAACUUUGCCAUUCUCAAUCAGGACAUUCAGCAGAAUGUGAGUCGAAUCGAGCAGACGGCGGAGAACCUGCGCAAUGCCAAGGCGGAGAUGGAGCGCUUCGAGAACAGCCCGGAGAUUGAACGGGCGGAGGCAGUCUACCAGGAGAAGAGGGAAAUCUAUGAGCGGGAAGAGGCGAAGAUGGCCACGGAGAAGGAGAAGCUGGACGAGCUGAAUGAGGAGAUCAACACCAAGCUAAUCACACAGCUUGAGCCCUUUAAGAAGCAGAAGAAGGCGCUGGAGAAAAAGAUGAAGGAGCUGGUCGCCAAAAUCAACUCAAUUGCCUCGGAUCGGAAGAACUGCGAGUUGCAGUUGAAGAAGCUGGAGGAUGACCUGGAGACGAGCCGGGCGACCAUUGCCCAGCAGAAAGAGGAGCUAGAGAAGAUUGAGGAGGAAAAGACGAAGGUCACCGAAGCGGGUGUCGAGGCGAACAACCUCUACGAGCAGGCGAUGAAGGACGUCGAGGAGUUGGGAAAGACGCUUGAGCAGAUGCGGAAAAAGGCCAAACACCUGGAGGAGGCGAUGAAGAAGGCGAACAGUGAAAUGGUCGAUGUCGGACAUGAACUUGAUAAGAAGCAGAAGGUGCUUGAUGAGAAGCGGAAGAAGAAAAAUGAGUACUGUGCACGACUGGCGGAUAUUGUGCUCAAUCAAAUUGAUCUCGAUUCAGACGAUGAAAAUGAAGAGGAUGACGAAGAGGAGGAUGAGGAGGAUGAGGGCGAAGAUGGCGAGGGAACGGAAAAGGCCAUUGCGGCAAAUGGAGAAGCAACGCCAACGGAAAAUGGAGUCGACGGAGAGCAGCAGCAGCAGUCGAAUGGCGAUGCUAUGGACGUGGACCAGGAGAUCGGCGCUGCCAAUGGUGACAUUGCCGAUUCGGACGCUCAAACCGAUCAAGUGAACCCUGCUGAUUCCUCAAACGAUAAGGAGAAUGGAGGUAAACAGAAGGGGAAAAAGAAGACCAGAAAGGAGAGGCCACUGGCGGUCAUUCCAAAGCUGAGUGCAGAGGAGCUAGAUGAACUGAACGUCGACUCGGUCCGCGCAAAGAUCAAGCGACUGGAGAGCGAGUUUAGUAAGCUCAAUCCAAACUACGCCGCCAUUGAGGACUACAAACGCGCCAGAGAGGACUUCAGGGCAAAGUCGACUGACCUAGAGAAUGCCACCAGCCGCCGUGACCUCUACAUGGAGCACAUGAAGCAGACGAAGGAGAUGCGCCUGAAGGAGUUCAAAACGGGCUACCACUCGAUUGCCCACAAGCUGAAGGAGCUCUACCGGACGAUCACGCUGGGCGGCGACGCCGACCUGGAAUUUGUAGACUCGCUGGACCCCUUCUCCGAGGGCAUCAACUUUGCCGUGCGCCCCAACAAGAAGAGCUGGAAGAACAACAUCAAUUUGAGUGGUGGCGAGAAAACGCUCUCCUCGCUGGCGCUCAUCUUUGCCCUGCACUACUACAAGCCCUCGCCGCUCUACAUCAUGGAUGAGAUCGACGCGGCGCUCGACUUUAAGAACGUCUCCAUCAUUGCCAAUUACAUUAAGCAGCGCACGCGGAACACCCAGUUUCUCAUCAUCUCACUGCGCAGCAACAUGUACGAACAGGCGGAGAUGCUCAUCGGCGUCUACAAGACCUUCAGCGUCAGCAAGACGCUCGCCCUCGACCCGGGCGCCUAUGAGCACCGGCAGAAGUACCACGGCACGCAGUCCACCUUCUCCUCGCAGCCCACGUACUCCUCACAGCCGCCCACCGGCAGCUCGCAGCAGCAGCAGUCGCAGCAAUCUCAGCAGUCUGUCAACAACUCCUCAAAGACUGAGAAAAAGCCGCCGCCGCCGCCACCUUCAGCUACACUGUCCUCCUCUCAGGCAAGCUCUGUCGACCCACAGCCGCCGCCUAAAGAUGCGCCAUUUUCGCCGCCUGCGAGGGCACCUCCAAUCGCCAAGGAAGUGCCGGCCUCGCAGCCAUCACUACCACAACCAUCACCACCACCAUUAUCACCCCCAUCACCGCCAUCGCCACCUUUACGCCAGGAUCCAGAAUCUUCGUACAACUCUGAGGAAGAUGGUGAUCUGAUGGAUCUCACUUAG